AUGACAUUUACACAACUUCUAACACAAGAAGAAAUAAGCAAUGUGCAAAAAGCUUCACUUGUUUCAAAUACUGAACAAAAUACUUCUAAAUGGUUAAGAGUUGUUGAUCAUUUUAACAAAAGUUGUGGAAUAACUAAUUCUAUUGAACAAAUAGAUCCUUUAAAAGAUUUAGAAAAUUAUCUUUGUCAAUUUAUUACAUGGUUGCAAAAAGAAGAUAGUUCUGAUUAUAAGCUUUGCUUAAGGCAGGAAAUCAAAUCAGUUGUCAUAAAAAUUUCUGGUUUUUGCGUGGUUAUUACUGGGUUAGAAAAUACUAUUCAUCACGCUAAUAAUUUCAUUUUUAGUAUUUGUUAUUUGAUAGAUGUUAAAACACGUGUACGUGUAAUUGAUGUAUUUGCUACGCCUCAAAGUGGUACAGGCGUUUCCGUAGAAGCGGUCGAUCCCAAAAUGUUGGAUAUGUUGAAGCAAACUGGACGACCCGAAAUGGUG